GCAUAUAUGCUGAAGUCAUUUGAAAUGAAUGGACUGCCCAAGGCGGUGCCUUUAAGUUUGCCUUAUCAAGACUUCAGAAAAGAACUGUCAGACUACUGGGAAAAGCCUAAGAUAUCCCAGAGGAUAAAGAAAGUUGAUUUCUCAAAUGUUGUCUUGACUGCUCCUUGCAAACCUCUGGAACCUUAUCUAGAAAUAAAUGGAAAAGAGGAGGAGGAGGAAGAAGAUGAGGAAGAAGACGAGGAGGAGGAAGAUGAGGAGGAGGAGGAGGAGGCAGAGGAGGAAGGGGAUGAGAUUGACAUGCACAGUGGUUCCAGCAGUGACCUGAGUCAAAAAAGCACAGAGCGCAGCCAGGAGUGCGCACCAUCCACACUCCUGGCUGAUGACCAGAAGGGAUCCAAGGGUCGAGCAUCCACUGCUGAUGGGGACCUGGAGCUGGAGGAAGGCUCAAAAACACUAGUGCUGUUUUCACCAGGUGAUCUGAAAAAGUCUCCGGUGACCACAGACUUGGCUCCAGAAGUUGAUCUGGGUACUCUUGCUGCACUGACACCUCAGAGCGAGCGGCCACAGCCUAUGGGUAGCCAACUGGAUGUAUCUGAACCAGGGACCCUGUCCUCAGUCCUUAAAUCUGAACCAAAGCCUCCCAUGGCAGUGGCUACAGCUUCCUCCCCCUUUACCAAAGUUGAGCGCACAUUUGUUCAUAUUGCUGAAAAGACCCACUUAAAUGUCAUGUCUUCCAGCGGCCAGCUCAUGAGGCAUGAGGAAUACUGCCCUCCGGGCCAGUUUGAGGAGGUCAUUAUCGAAGAAGAGCUGGAGGACAACCUGGUGCUGGUAGAGAAUGGAAGCAUACAUUCAGGGCUAGAAGGGGCAGAGACGGAGAGCUGCGCACUUUCGGCUAAUCCCAUUGAAACCACCUCAGAGACAGUGGGGGAGCAGCUGGCUCUUCCCAACGGUGUAGCAAAGCCUCCCGAGGACAAGCCGGCGCCCUCCGACAAAGUGCCGCUCUCGCUGGAUUUGGAAGAGCCUGGCAAGAUGGUUACAAGGGAGCCUGACCUUGAGAAGUCAGCAUUGGUGGCAGAACACCUUAAGCGAGCAGAGACCCUCCUCAACACACCGCAGCAGGGACCCAGGAGACCUCUGGGCUCCAGGUAUAGAAGUCGGAUACCCAUUUUGUUCUCCGAGGAGGACACUGGCUCAGACCUUUCAACUUCACUCUCAGCCAAAGACAGGCUUUAUAAGAGGGCAAAGCAACCUGACUUGGCUCGCCUAGUAAUGGAGAAGAGGCAAAACCGCCUCCUUCGGCUGGCCUCAGGGGCCUCCUCCUCAGCAUCCUCCAGUGACGAGAGGCGGCGGGCCUCAGAAACCCUGUCAGCCACCGGUUCUGAGGAGGACACCCACGACUCUGAUGACUCCAUCCCAAGGAAGGCAGGGAAGAAGGCUGCCAUCCUGGGGAAAGAAGAGAGACCCAUAAGCACAAAGAGCAGAAUUCCUCGGCCCAUCACUCCAGUGAAAACACCACUAGAGGCGGCAAAGUCUGAGAGCUCCAUGGCCGUCGCGACGGCAGUGCUAUGUAGCUCCCCGCAGGAUGCAGCUGUUGCCUACAGGCUUCAGGCACAGAGACCAGCUGGAAAUGUCCCAAACGAGUGCCGAACAACGCAGAUACAAAGUCGGCUUCCUCCUUCGCCAAGCUCCACUUCUCUUCCUCCACGGAGCAGCUCACGAAGGUCCAGCUGUGCAUCCCCUCGGAGCCCUGUCCUUCCUUCAAGAAACCCCAGUGCUUCCCCCAGAAGUCAGCUGCCGCCUCGGAAGGAAAGUCCUUCUCCCUGCCGACAGCAUAAGCCAGGGACUGCUCUUCAGCGAGUUCCUCCUUCCCCCCGACCUCAGCCCCCAGCUCAGGCCCUGGGUCCGACAGGAGAUUCCCUGCCCUCUCCUGGUGUGGCCAAAAAACGACAAAGAGGAAAAACCCAGACUCAGGGUCCAGCAACCAAAGGAAAGCAGGUGUCCCUGGAAAGUAAGGCAGCUGCCAGAUAA